UGCAUCCGCUUCCUGUUUGAAUCAUUCCCACCGUUCUUGAUGCUGCAAGUGCAAGAAAGCCACUUUUAAUGUGAAACACUGCCUCAAUCAUAUUUCUCUAUCCGUAAAUCUUAUCAUUCAACAGAUUUCCUUGAGCUGUUAACCGGUACUACUCACAAGCAGAAAUGGUUAAUUCUCCGAUGCUAUUCCUUUUUCUCUGCACUAUCUCUUUCCUCUCAGGCGUUUCCUUAGCUGACCCACCAUAUCAAAAUUGUUCAACAAGCAGUAACUACACCAAAGGAAGCUCCUUUCAGAACAACCUUAACAACAUCCUGGGUUCUCUGUCUUCCAAUGCUUCAAUCUCCAAAUCUUACAAUGUCUCAUAUGGAAGCGAUCCAGACAGAGUGCAUGCCUUCUUCAUGUGCCUAGAUUAUGUUUCAAAUCAAACAUGCCAAGAUUGCAUAGCCUCGGCAGCACAAGACAUUCUUAAACACUGUCCCAAAGCAGAAGAAGCAAUUGUUUGGGAAGAGCAAUGCCAGCUCCGAUAUUCCAACAAGGACUUCCUCGGCAAAGUGGAUGUCACAGGAAAAAUGGGGUUUGAUAAUAAGCUGGAUAUUUCAGAACCAGAGAAGUUUGAGCCUGUGGUGAAUGGGUUGUUGCAUAGUCUUACUGACAAGGUAUCUUUCAAUGUUUCUGCUAAUUUGUAUGCUAUUGGAGAGGCACCCUUUGAAGAGAAAACAAUAUAUGGAUUAGUUCAGUGCACCAGAGAUUUAUCAGCUAGUGAUUGUAAUGUAUGCCUUAAAAGUGCGAUUAGUCAUCUACCUAUUUGUUGCUAUUCCUCAAUCGGAGCUAGAGUUCUAAGUCGUAGUUGCUACUUGAGAUUUGAGCUAUACGAAUUUUACAAUGGUGCACUUGAUCCGAAUGAUUCAUCAACAAAAACUAGCAAAAGUACAACAAGCAAGGCAGGGAUGAUUGCUGGAAUUAUAGCAGCCACUGGCUUGGGAAUAGUGAUUUUCAGUUGCUGCCUUUACUUCUUUACAAAGAAGAGAACUCAGAAAAGUAAGGGUGGAGUAGACCGUCAUGUGAUCGAUCUUCAUAGCUUUGGGGAGAAAGGUCAAUCAGUGUUCCAAAAUCACCAGAAUUUUCUUGGAAGAAAUGACAAAAUAUCUGAGGAUUUGCCUUAUUUUGAUCUUGAAACUCUGUGUGCUGCUACCAAAAACUUUUCCGAUUCAAAUAAGCUUGGUCAAGGCGGCUUUGGCUCCGUUUACAAGGGCGUAUUAAGUGAUGGCCAGGAAGUAGCAAUCAAGAGGCUUUCAACAGGGUCUGAACAGGGCUCAGAUGAAUUCAUAAACGAGGUUCUGCUGAUACUGAAACUUCAACACAAGAAUUUAGUGAGGCUUCUAGGAUUUUGUUUAGAUGGAGAAGAAAUGCUUCUUGUUUAUGAAUUUUUGCCUAAUGGCAGCCUUGAUGCUGUCCUUUUCAAUACAAGGCAACAAGCACAACUAAGCUGGAUUAAACGUGUUGAUAUAAUAUGUGGAAUAGCAAGAGGGAUUCUCUAUCUUCAUGAAGAUUCUCGACUAAAGAUAAUUCAUAGAGAUUUAAAGGCAAGUAAUAUAUUGUUGGACCAUGACAUGAACCCAAAAAUUUCAGACUUUGGAAUGGCAAGAAUAUUUGCUGGAGCUGAAGGUGAAGCUAAUACAGCUACCAUUGUUGGUACAUAUGGAUACAUGGCUCCAGAAUAUGCUAUGGAAGGAUUAUAUUCUAUAAAAUCAGACGUAUUUGGUUUUGGAGUGUUAUUGCUUGAAAUUAUUACUGGGAGACGCAACGCAGGUUUCUAUUACUCUAAAUUUGCUCCUAGCCUUCUGGCAUAUGCAUGGCACCUGUGGAAUGAGGGAAAUGCACUGGACUUGAUGGAUCCUCUACUAGCUGAUUCAUGCCCUGAAGAUCAGUUUCUAAAAUACAUGCAUGUUGGAUUACUAUGUGUUCAAGCAGAUGCAUAUAACAGACCAACCAUGUCUUCUGUUGUUUUAAUGUUGAAAAGUCAAUCACCAACUCUUGGUCAGCCCCAAAGGCCACCCUUCUGUGUGGGAAAAAUCAUUAGUAAUGAUCAUAAUGUGCCAGAAAAUGAACGUUGCUCAGUCAAUAACUUAGCAGCUUCUGAUACACUUCCCCAUUAUACAUUUUUUCUGUUUUUUUGGAUAAAAAUGUAUGGAUUUUCAGCCAUGUUUUUCUUCGUCAUUCCCAUCUUAUGUUUUCACCUCGUCUCUGGUUCAGACCCCCUCUUCACUUGGUGUCCACCCGAAUUCCCAGAUUACACACUAGACUCUACAUUUCAUAACAACCUCAAGCUUCUUCUAGAGUCACUUUCUUCCAACAUUUCAGUUUCAGGUUUCUAUAACACAUCCAUUGGAGAAGACCCUGUUAAGGUCUAUGGACUGGCACUAUGCAGGGGAGACAUAAACUUAAACUCCGCAAUCUGUAAGGACUGUGUUGAGAAAGCAAGCCAAGAUAUACUCAACAAUUGCAGAAGUCAAGAUGCUAUGAUAUGGUAUGAGCUUUGUCAAGUAAGAUACUCCUUUCAGAUGUUCUUUUCAAGGAUGGUUUAUACUGGGAAGUAUCCGGAUGAAAAUAAUCAAGCAAAGAACGUGUCGGAUCCUGUUCGAUUCAGCCAGGUUCUGAUGUACUUAAUGAAUAACCUGUCCCGUGGGGCUGCAUCGGUUUCUUCCAAGAAUAUGUUUGCUUCUGGGGAAAUUGAAUUUUCCCAGAAAAUUACAAUUUACGGCCAAGUACAAUGCACAAGAGACAUCUCUGAAACAUUAUGCUAUAACUGCUUGAUUUCUGCACUAGGAGACCUUGGAGCUUGUUGCUCAUCCCGCGAAGGUGGGAUAGUUCUUAGUCGAACAUGCAAUGUGAGGUUUGAAUUGUCUCAGUUCUUCAAUACUUCUUCUCAGUACCUCUUGGUUUACCCAACUUCUAAAGGAGGGAAAUGGAAAACAUGGAUGCUUGUACUGAUUAUAUGUGCAUCAGUGUUCAUAUUAGCAGUUUUUAUUGGUUUCUGCACUGCCUAUUUCCAUAAAAGACAAGAGGAAGACAGAGAUGAUGGAAAAAGCGAAAUGAUGCUACUGCAACAAUUAGCGGCCCCCAAGAGUGUAACAAUUACACAAGAUGGAGAAUUAAUUAGCUCUGAAGAACUUGUGUUCAUGACUUUAGCAACAAUUAAGGUUGCCACUGAUGACUUUUCUGAAUCAAACAAGUUAGGACAAGGAGGUUUUGGUGCUGUAUACAAGGGUGUCCUUGCAGAUGGAAAUGAAGUAGCAGUUAAAAGGUUAUCGAGGAAGUCUUGGCAAGGCACAGAGGAAUUCAAAAAUGAGGUAAUUCUGAUUGCAAAACUCCAGCAUAAGAAUCUGGUGAAGCUGUUGGGAUGCGGCUUGGAAGGAGAAGAGAAGUUUCUCAUAUAUGAAUACAUGUCCAAUCAAAGCCUUGACAAAUUUAUCUUUGAAUCAGAAAAACGUUCACAUCUUGAUUGGAACACAUGCUAUGGGAUUAUCAUGGGCAUAGCUAGAGGAUUACUUUAUCUUCAUGAAGAGUCAAGACUUAGAAUCAUUCAUAGAGACUUGAAACCAAAUAAUGUAUUGCUUGACCAUGAUAUGGUUGCAAAGAUUUCAGAUUUUGGGAUGGCAAGAAUUUUCUGUGAAAAUCAAAGUGCUGCCAAUACCAAAAGAGUUGUGGGAACAUAUGGAUAUAUGGCUCCUGAAUAUAUUUUAUAUGGACAAUUUUCUGAAAAAUCUAAUGUAUUUAGUUUUGGAGUUAUAAUUUUGGAACUGCUUAGUGGCAAGAGGAAUGCCAAAUCCCUUGAAUCAUACCUCUUAACCAAUGUGUGGAAGCUGUGGAAUGACGGAACACCGUUACAAGUGUUGGACACUUUUCUAAUGGAAUCUUGUUCUCAAACUGAAGCAGUAAAAUGCAUUCAAAUUGGAUUAUUGUGCGUGCAACAAAAUCCAGAUGAGAGGCCAACAAUGGCUCAAAUUGUUUCAUAUCUUAGUAAUCUUUCCAUUGAAUUACCACCUCCAAGAGAUCCCGCUUUCUUUAUGCAUUCAAAUGCAACUAUGGCAGCAGAAUUCAGUUGGGAUCAAACUCAUCAGUGUUCAACUUCUAAAUCAGCAGGUUCGAAUGAAACGUCUCAGCUCUUGAGUCGAUAAAAUGAUGAGGUCUUUUCCACAUGUAUACAUGUACAUGUCAUGAGAUGUAUUAACUUUCAUUUUGCGUAUUGAUGGUAAAUAAUGUAUGCCUUUUGAUGUUUCUGUACGUACUUCCAUCAAAUUCCUCUAUUAAUUUAAGCAAAAUAUUUUGUAUUGCUAACUAA